CCCCUGGCCACGCUGCCCCACAAGGCGUGUGCUAUGAACAUGGGGUUUCCUGGGUGCCUCCUGCUCCCAGCUGGGCACCCCCUUGGCAGGAGCUCAGCUGCCUGCGCUGGAGCCGGGAAGACAAAGAUCCCCAUCCUCCUGGCCUGGCUUUGGGCUUCCAUGACAGGAUUCCCCAUGACAGAUGCUGGCAUCCCAGAACUAACUCAGCUCCGACUGGUGAACGGCCUGAAUCGCUGCGCUGGGAGGGUCGAGGUGCUUCACAACGAGCAGUGGGGAACCGUGUGUCAUGACAACUGGGAUUUAAAGGAGGCCAGAGUCGUGUGCAGGGAGCUGGGCUGUGGGACGGCGUUAUUGGCCCCAGGAGGGGCUCGAUUUGGCCGAGGAUCAGACCAUAUCUGGCUGGAUGACCUCAACUGCGCAGGAACCGAAGUUGCCCUCUCCGAAUGCAAUGCUCUGCCUUGGGGAGAGAAUGACUGUACCCACGGAGAAGAUGCCGGUGUUGUGUGUUCAGACUCAGGCAUCUCAGAACUGGCUCAGAUCCGACUGGCGAAUGGCUCCAAACACUGCACUGGGAGGGUCGAGGUGCUUCACGACCAUGAGUGGGGAACCGUGUGUGAUGACAGCUGGGACAUAACUGAUGCCGGAGUCGUGUGCAGGCAGCUGGGCUGUGGGACGGCGUUAUCAGCCCCAGGAGGGGCUCGAUUUGGGCGAGGAUCUGACCGUCACUGGCUGGAUGACGUCAACUGUGCAGGGACAGAAGCUGCCCUCUCCGAUUGCAGGGCUCGGCCUUGGGGAGAGAAUGAUUGUUCCCACGGAGAAGUUGCCGGUGUUGUGUGCUCAGGAACCUCCCUGAGUGUUUAUUCCCUUGGGGUGUUUGCUCACUCCGGCAUUUCAGACGUGGCUCAGCUCCGACUGGUGAAUGGCCCGAGUCACUGCGCUGGGAGGGUCGAGGUACUUCACAACCAGCAGUGGGGAACCGUGUGUGAUGACAGCUGGGACAUAACUGAUGCUCAAGUCGUGUGUAGGCACCUGGGCUGUGGGACGGCGUUAUCGGCCCCUGCCUGGGCUCAUUUUGGGCAAGGAUCUGACCAUAUCUGGCUGGAUGAAGUCAACUGCGCAGGGACAGAAACUGCCCUCUCCAAUUGCUGGGCUCGGCCUUGGGGAGAGAAUGACUGUACCCACGGAGAAGAUGCCGGUGUUGUGUGCUCAGACGCUGGCAUCUCAGAAGUGGCUCAGAUCCGACUGGUGAACAGCAGGAGUCGCUGCGCUGGGAGGGUCGAGGUGCUUCACAACCAGCUGUGGGGAACCGUGUGUGAUCACAGCUGGGACCUACAGGAUGCCGGAGUCGUGUGCAGGCAGCUGGGCUGUGGGACGGCGUUAUCAGCCCCACUGGGGGCUCGAUUUGGGCGAGGGUCAGACCGUAUCUGGCUGAAUAACGUGAACUGCGCAGGGACAGAAGUUGCCCUCUCCGAUUGCAGGAUUUGGCUUGGGGGAAAGAAUAACUGUAACCAUGGAGAAGAUGCCGGUGUUCGGUGCUCAGACUCAGACAUCUCAGAACCAGCUCAGAUCCGACUGAUGAACAGCAGGAGUCGCUGCGCUGGGAGGGUCGAGGUGCUUCACAACCAGCAGUGGGGAACCGUGUGUGAUGACAGCUGGGACCUACAGGAUGCCGGAGUCGUGUGCAGGCAGCUGGGCUGUGGGAUGGCGUUAUCAGCCCCAGGAGGGGCUCGAUUUGGGAAAGGAUCUGACCCUAUCUGGCUGGAUGACGUCAACUGCUCAGGGACAGAAGCUGCCCUCUCCGAUUGCAGGGCUCGGCCUUGGGGAGACAAUAACUGUACCCACAGAGAAGAUGCUAGUGUUGUGUGCACAGACGCCGGCAUCUCAGAAGUGGCUCAGAUCCGACUGGCGAAUGGCCCGAAUCACUGCGCUGGGAGAGUCGAGGUGCUUCACAACCAGCUGUGGGGAACCGUGUGUGAUGACAGCUGGGACAUACGGGAUGCCGGAGUGGUGUGCAGGCAGCUGGGCUGUGGGACGGCGUUAUCAGCCCCAGGAGGGGCUCGAUUUGGGCGAGGAUCAGACCGUAUCUGGCUGGAUGAUGUCAACUGCACAGGGACAGAAGUUGCCCUCUCCGAUUGCAGGGCUCGGCCUUGGGGAGACAAUACCUGUACCCAUGGAGAAGAUGCCGGUGUUGUGUGCACAGAUCAUGCCCAGGUGAGGCUGGUAGGUGGCCCCCACCGCUGCGCCGGGCGGGUGGAGGUGCGUCUGGACGGGCGCUGGGGCACCGUGUGUGACGACGGCUGGGGCCUGAACGACGUGGCCGUGGUGUGCAGGCAGCUGGGCUGUGGGCCGGCCGUGGAAGCGCUGAGUGGUAAAGUGUUCGGCCCGGGCAACGAGUCAGAGCCUGUCCUGAUGAUGGACGUGCAGUGCCAGGGGACAGAGGCGGCGCUGGGGAACUGCUCGUACAUGGAUCCAGGGGACCUCUGCCAGCAUGAUGAGGACGCAGGGGCCCGUUGCCAAGCAGCUGGGUUUGCUUUGCCAGAGGUGAGGCUGGUAGGUGGCCCCCACCGCUGCGCCGGGCGGGUGGAGGUGCGUCUGGACGGGUCCUGGGGCACCGUGUGUGACGACGGCUGGGACCUGAACGACGUGGCCGUGGUGUGCAGACAGCUGGGCUGCGGGCAGGCCAUGGAAGCGCUGAGUGGUAAAGUGUUCGGCCCGGGCCCCAAGUCGGAGCCUGUCCUGAUGAUGGACGUGCAGUGCCAGGGGACAGAGGCGGCGCUGGGGAACUGCUCGUACAUGGAUCCAGGGGACCUCUGCCAGCAUGAUGAGGAUGCGGGGGCCCGUUGCCAAGCUGCAUUUGCUUUGCCAGACGUGAGGCUGGUAGGUGGCCCCCACCGCUGCGCCGGGCGGGUGGAGGUGCGUCUGGACGGGCCCUGGGGCACCGUGUGUGACAAUGGCUGGGACAUCAGCGACGUGGCCGUGGUGUGCAGACAGCUGGGCUGUGGGCCGGCCAUGGAAGCGCUGAGUGGUAAAGGGUUCGGCCCGGGCGUCAAGUCAGACCCUGUCCUGAUGAGGAACGUUCAGUGCCAGGGGACAGAGGCCGCGCUGGGGAGCUGCCCGUACACGGAUGCAGGGGACCUCUGCCAGCAUGAUAAGGACGCUGGAGCCCGUUGCAAAGGUGAGCCGGCCUGGAAGCCCUUCGCACUGCGGUUGGCGGACGGCCCAAGCAACUGCUCCGGGCGGCUAGAGGUGCAGUAUGAUGGGCUGUGGGGCACCGUGUGUGACAACGACUGGUCGGAGACCAACGCCCAAGUGGUCUGCCGGGAGCUGCGCUGUGGCCAAGCCAAGCCACUGGCCCCAAAGCUGCAGGAUUGGCCCCGCUUUCGCCAGGGUACGGGGAAAAUCUGGCUGGACAACAUCCGCUGCAAAGGCACCGAGGAGACCUUGCAGAACUGUGCCCACCACUUCUGGGGCUACCACAACUGCACCCACCAGAAGGACAUCAGCGUGAUCUGCCAGCUGCAGGGAGUGGGGCAGGUGGCCAAGGUGAGGCUGGUAGGUGGCCCCCACCGCUGCGCCGGGCGGGUGGAGGUGCGUCUGGACGGGCGCUGGGGCACCGUGUGUGACGACGGCUGGGACCUGAACGACGUGGCCGUGGUGUGCAGGCAGCUGGGCUGUGGGCCGGCUUUGAAAUCGCUGACUAGUAAAGUGUUCGGCCCGGGCAACGAGUCAGAGCCUGUCCUGAUGAUGGACGUGCAGUGCCAGGGGACAGAGGCAGCUCUGGGGAACUGCUCGUACACGGAUCCAGGGGACCUCUGCAAGCAUGAUGAGGAUGCGGGAGCCCGUUGUGAAGCUGCAGAUCUCCCAGAGCCACCUGUCCGGUUGGUGGGCCACGACACACGCUGCAGUGGGCAGGUGGAGAUUUACCAUGACGGCCGCUGGGGUGCUGUGUGUGGGUUGGGCUGGGACCUGACUGAUGCCAAGGUGCUCUGCCGGGAGCUAGGCUGUGGGAGCCCGCGGUACGUCACCCACCUCUGCAGCAAGUUCAGUCGGAGCUCAGCACCUGUCCUGCUGGGCCAGCUGGAGUGCACCGGGCAGGAGGCCUCGCUGACCCACUGCCAAGCCCAAGCCUGGGAGGGGCGGCACUGCCCCCACCACCGGGACACCGGAGUCAUGUGCCAAGAGCCCUUCGCACUGCGGCUGGUGAACGGCCCAAGCAAGUGCUCCGGGCGGCUGGAGGUGCGGUAUGACGGAGUGUGGGGCACCGUGUGUGAUGACGACUGGUCGGAGACCAACACCCAAGUGGUCUGCCGGGAACUGGGCUGUGGCCCAGCCGAGCCACUGGCCCCAAAGCUGCAGGAUUGGCCCCGCUUUGGCCAGGGUACGGGGAAAAUCUGGCUGGACGACAUCCGCUGCAAAGGCACCGAGGAGACCCUGCAGAACUGUGCCCACCGCUUAUGGAGCUACCACGACUGCACCCACCGGGAGGACAUCAGCGUGGUCUGCCAGGACAACUGA